AUGACUGACCAACAACCGCAACAACAAGGAAAACGAAAGAAGCAAAAAACUAGCUUUGAAAUUUUCGAUCUUCCUAAAGAAAUCAUUCAACUUAUUGUUUACUUUAUUCCUGAUGAUUAUUUGGAAACAUACAUCGACAUUCCCUUCAUAGGAGAAUAUGCCGCAUAUAGUCUUUACCAUUCUGUAGAAAUUAUCUCCUCGUAUUCCCGGUAUAACAGCAAUGGACCAUUUAUAGAUCCAAAAGAGUACAAAUAUACCAAGAAUGCUUAUGGCGAGCCAAGGGAGAAAUAUGAAAGGAUAGACAAUUCCUACAAAUUAUCCUACGAAGAUUACGACUUCGAUGAUGGUAUUUCUUUUUAUAGAGUGUUGACACCCAACAAAUUUAUUCAAUUGAAUAAGAAAUACCCGAGAUUCAGACCCAAAGUAAUGCAUUUCUGUCGCUUGGAACUAUUUGUUUGGUUUCAUGAACGAUAUCUGCAAAUUUUAGAAAAAUUGCCAAGAAUAGACAUUUCAUUUAAGCUGGAGGAUAGAUUAUCUCAGUUCUCCUUUGACAUGACUUACAAUAUCUAUCGAGUUUCAGAUGUGUCGGGGAAGUUUCCAUUUCCCCAAGUCAUGUAUGGCCAAUUGUUACCCAAAAUUUCAUCGUUUCUUACUGGCUGUCUACCAAACAUUAAGAAUGUUGCCUGGGGGGAAAAUAUCCAAGAGCUACGGUUAGUGGAAGCUUCAAUGAAGGAGCUCCCUCUCCUUUUUCCUAAUUUGAAAAGGCUAAGGUUGUUUGGUUCUAUUGAUGUUUCCAGCCAAGUGACUUGUCUCCCCCAAUUACCAGAACUGUUACAAUUCUUGCAAAUCGCCAUUUGCGAAUUUGACGAGUUGGAUCUUUCCUAUUUGGAUAACUUGCGAGAAUUUGUGGCUAAUGCUCCCAUAGGGGUUGAUAGGUUGGACAGAUUCAUAUUUCCCCUUGGAAUCGAGCGUAUAGCCUUAAUCGGGGACGCGAAUUGCGGAAUGGAAGAAAGAAAUCUAGAUAGCUUGGACGGAAUAGAAUUGUAUCCUAACUUGAAAGAGUUUCGUGUUGUCCUUGGCAAUGUUACCAAGACGAGUGUAUUUUCGAAUACCCGUUGCUUUCCUACAAACUUGCAAAGGCUUGAUAUAUCUUUAUUUGACCUUUGUGGCGAUGUCGUACCUUAUAACCAGGAACCACUUGUGACAAUUGGGAGAUCUUUUCCAAUUCCACAUGAUCUAAAGGUUCUCGAACUUCAUACGCACUGUGGGUUCUAUAGAGCCGAACAAUUAUCAUUACCAAUGUCCUUAAGAGUAUUAUCAAUUUCAAAUGAUGUCCAUUACAGGUACCAUGAGUAUGCCGAGAAAGAAGAUUGGUCUGGUCUUGUAUGUCCAGAUUCUCUCGUCGAGUUAAAUCUUGAAGUUACCACGUUAGAAGGAAUUUCCCUUCCCAAAUCGUUGCACAGUGCAAGGCUAUACACAAUAGAACCUAUCAAACAAUUGGAUUUGCAGGAAUUAGACAAUUUGGUUAGACUUAAGAUCGGUUACGGAAGACUGGACAUUUUUAUAGGCAAAUUACCUUCCAGUUUGCAGAUUUUGGAUUUAUCUGAUAAUUCAUUCCAGGAAGUCUUCAUAGAUGCUCCAAAUUUAAAACUGGUCAACCUAACAAACCACCAGGGAUUUCGAGUUAUUCAUAGUGGUAACUUUCACGUACCCGAUUCUGUAGAAGUGCUUGCAUUGGUCUUGGUGAAACCGAGCAAGAUUUAUCCAAAUAUCCUCCCAAUACUGUUGAGGGAACUCUAUUUGAAAAAAUCUUACAUAACUACCAAGUCAUUGGCCCAAAUCGAGUUAGGAUCGUAUAAAAGUCUAGUUAAAUUAGAUUUGCUGGGAAACGAGAUAUCUUUCUUGGAGAAUCACAUUCCAUCUUCAUUGCAAUGGUUGUGUCUUGACGGAAAUCCAAUUUCUGCGUUUGCUUCUGCUUCAGUAUUCUCAAGUCUAAAGAGUUUGCAAAAAUUAAGUAUGGCAUCCACCAAGAUCAAUGAGUACUUCCAAAAGGAUGGAAAUCUGUUGAUCAAUGAGUACUUCCAAAAGGAUGGAAAUCUGUUGAUAUUCCCCUCCUCGUUGAUUAGUUUAGAUCUUUCCGACAAUGAAUUACAAAGCGGAGUUUCACCCCACUUGAUAUUCCUGACUCGCACACAAUUGCAGGAAGUUUGUUUGGUUGGAAAUCCAGAUAUGACAGAUGCUCAAAUUAUAGUAGAAGUACUCAAAGCAUCAAGUCCAGACAUGGCAGAAUUAUUGUUGGACCGUCAGCUUCAAGAAUACGUUCGGGAAGAAGGUGUCAAUUUCUUAUCGUUUUAUACCCCCAAGACGAAUUGGUGGCAAUAA